AUGGAAGAGGAUGCUCCCGUAGCUUCCUCUGCCUAUGUCGGAAAGCGGUCUGAGUGCCAGGAAGGUGACGGUGUGGCUUGGUCACUCGAAGACAUGGUUGGCCCUAACUCCAAGUUCAAAUUUUCGUUGUUCAAAUGGGACGCUGAUUCAACAAUUCCCCUAGUCGAUAGCGAGGAACGGACUUUUGUCCUGCUGGUGGCCCCACCAAAAUCUUCCACAUUUCAGCAUUGUAUUAAAGCUGCGACAGAUUUACUUGCCAAAUGCCGUCGAAAGUGUAGGUUUACAAGAAAACAACGUAACCAUCGACGCGGUGACUUUGCGGCUCUUUCAAUGGGAAUUGUACAUAGUAACGGGACUACUCACCCAAUCAAUCUAGGACACAAUGGUACCAACCAAAAGGUCCUGGAUGAACUUAUGGCACAUUGGUCCAUCAAACGGCUGGUCGGAUUCACCACCGGUAUGUUGAAGACCUGGGCGCCGCGACUUCACAACUAUUGUUCCGACCACCUUGAAUGGCUUCUAUCUUCCGACUGCUCUCUGCAACAAAUCUUUGAGAACAGCAUUUUUCCUGGCGCAACAUUCAACUUCGGCCCUCAGACAGUCUCUUUUCCUCACGUUGACUUCACAAAUUUGCCUUUCGGGUGGUGUCCGAUCUGGACGUUUGGCAACUACAACCAUCACAAAGGUGGGCACAUCAUACUCUGGGAUCUUAAGAUGGUCAUCGAAUUUCCACCAGGCUCUCUGAUCGUCAUACCCUCUGGAUCCUGCCGCCAUUCCAACACACGUAUUGGUAAGAAGGAAACCCGUAUGUCAUUUACACAAUAUUUCUCUGGGGGACUCUGCCGUUGGGUUGAUCAAGGUUUUCAAACGCAGGAACAAUAUCUGAACAGCCUGGAUCAAACUGAAAGAGAUAGGGAGUCAGAACGGAGAUGCACGCGGUGGUUAAUGGGGUUGGGACUAUACCCUACGUUAGAUGAAUUGGGCGGCCCACCUUAA